AUGGAUCCGCUGAAACUUUUAGUCUGUGUGUGUUUUCUUUUGACAGGCCUGUCAACUCCCAGUGAGACAAUAUGUUCCGGAGAGUCCUAUGAAUAUAACACGAGUCUGACUAUUUGUUACUGGCUAGUGCUAACUGAACAAUCUGCCCAGGCGUCAGAAGAACAAUGUAUUGAUGAAGGUGGUAACCUGGCUUACGUGCCUAACCAAUCUGCCCUUGACACUAUCAACACCCUCAGGACCAAUGCAGGGUAUCAGUAUACCCCGGAGUUUUACAUAGGAUACAAAGAAUACGGAUCUACCGUAUAUGUGUGGGACACAAACAUAGAACAGAACUUUAAGCCCUGGGCGUCAGGACAGCCGACCAGUAAUACGAAUGAAUGUAUCACCGUGUACAAUAUUGAUGGUACGUGGUGGGACGAAAAAUGCACUACGAAUUACAAGGCGGUUUGUUCGGAUUUCGGUCCAAGGACAGGUAAGUCUACAACACCGCAACCGACGACGACAACCACUACAACACAGCAACCGACGACGACAACCACUACAACACCGCAACCGACGACGACAACCACUACAACACCGCAACUGACGACUACAACCACAACAACACCGCAACCAACGACGACGACAACAACAAUGCCGACGACUACACAACAAAAUUGUAUUCCAUGCUCUUGCUACACAAACACGACGCACAACAAGACAGUCGAGGAGUUUCGUGAGGAAGUGAGAAAGACAUUGCUUGUCGAUACAUCGACAUUGUCAUCCUCUAUCAGAAAAAAAACAAGUGCUUCAGAUCCACGCCCAUCAGCUGCAGCAGUCGGAUACCUCGGCGUCGUUCUUAUGACGGUCGUGUUUGGCGGUAUACUCCUAAUGGACGCUGGCAAUAUCAUUCGUUGCGGUAAAGCGAUCGUAAAGUUAACAAAAAAGUUGCUGGCAUGA